AUGCGCAAGCUUAUUUGUAUCAGCUACAACGCCUCGGUGUUCAAACUCAUUACGAACAGAGAUGAUUAUCUGAUCAAAACCAUAGACGUCGCAUCAGAAGCUUGGAGACAGAUAUCUGACAGUACUGAUAACCACACCUGGACUCAAGGGGAUUACUGGUCUCUUUCAGCUGACCAGUGGCACGAGCCAUAUUCCAAGGAGCAUAACUCGAUCCACGGCGAUGUGUUUCUAGCGAUUGACAAGAUAGCUAUGGAUCUCGCGUUCCUCCCGUUGAACACGACCUUCGCGCAAAUGGACACCGCCUUCAGGCAAGACAGUGCUACCUCCGAGCUAACGAACGCCACUUUCGCGGAAGUGAAUGCCUCCUACGUGGAAUCCGAUACGGUUGGAGGCCGUGUCACAGUGAAGAAUCUCGUUACGGAAUCGUCUAGAUGGCUGGAUUAUUCCAAUCUUGGAUCGUUCGGCAAGCGUAGGGGCGGCGUCUGGUUACAUGUAGCGAAAGCUGCCUCGAAAAAGGACUUUGCAGUCCCAAGUAAAGUGCAAGUCAGCAAGCGCUUUCUCAUCUUGGUCGCAAGCUUCAACUUCAUCAAGUUUGCUGUCAUGUUGUCGGUGCUUGUCAUAGAUCGAUCGGAUUACCUAGUCACCUUGGGAGACGCUGCAAGCUCGUUCUUAGAGCUCAGAGAUCGCUAUACGAUCGACAAGUGCCUGCUUAGUCGAGAAGGAAUGAUUGCGAGGAAAGAUCUUCCGAAGAUUGGAUACAAUCGCGGAAACAAAGAGAUCGAACAACUUCAUCUACGACUUGAGGGCUCCUGGCUUCCGUAUUCAAGAUCGUACUUCUCCCCAUACCACGACGUGGCCUCGAAAGUCUACGCAUUCUUGUAA